AUGUCUCGAUGUUUGUCGUACUCAAAUGCAAGUAAUAUAUACCGAAAAGGCUUUUGUUCAACAUCAUGUUUUGCUACAGCUGCAGUGCAGGCAAAAACAUUUUCAAGACCUGACAAACCGAAUAUCGUUCUUGUAGAUGCGGUACGUACACCAUUUGUGCAGUCAGGGACGGUAUUCAAAAAUAUGAUGGCUUAUGAUUUACAACGUUCUGCUUUGCUUGCAGUUUUACCUGCAUUGUUUACAGCAUUGGUCGACCGAACAAAAGUAAAUAUAAAUGAUGUUGGCCAUAUUGUUUGUGGUACUGUGAUACAAGAAUGUAAAACGAGUAAUGUCGCACGCGAAGCUGCUUUAACAGCUGGUUUUUCUGAUAAAAUACCAGCCCAUACAGUUACAUUGGCUUGUAUUUCUUCAAAUGUUGCAAUCACAAAUAUUAUGAAUCUUCUCGCUACUGGAUAUUGCAAUGUGGGUAUUGCUGGUGGCGUUGAGUUACUUUCCGAUGUGCCUAUCCGUUACAACCGGAAAGCUCGUUCAGCCAUGUUGUCUUUAAACAAAGCUAAAAAAGUUUCUGAAAAGCUGAAAGUUCUGAAAGAUGUUGCUAUUAAUUUAUUUACACCAGAAUUACCAGCUGUUGCUGAAUUCACUUCUGGUGAAACCAUGGGUCAUAGUGGUGAUAGAUUGGCAGCCGCAUUUGGUGUAACUAGACGUGAACAGGAUGAAUUUGCUCUUCGUUCGCAUGCACUUGCUGAUCGAGCUAUAAAAAAUAAUCUUUUAUCAGAUGUUAUAUCAGUUUUUGUUCCUGGUAGAAAACCAGCUAUUGUUCAUAAAGAUAAUGGUAUUCGUACUUCGUCGUUAGAAAAACUGUCACAAUUAAAACCAAGUUUUGUAAAACUGCAUGGGACCAUUACUGCUGGUAAUUCUUCGUUUCUCACUGAUGGUGCUUCUGCUUCACUUAUUAUGACGGAAGACUAUGCAUUAAAAAAAGGUUAUAAACCAAAAGCUUAUUUACGAGAUUUUCAAUAUGUUGCACAAGAUCCCACGGACCAGCUUCUACUUUCCCCAGCUUACGCUAUUCCAACUUUGUUAGAAAAGGUCGGGCUAACUUUAAAUGAUAUUGAUGUUUUUGAAAUUCAUGAAGCUUUUGCUGGACAGAUUCUGGCGAAUUUAAAUGCAAUGGAUUCCGAUUAUUUUUGCAAAGAAAUGUUGAAGCGAUCAUCAAAAUAUGGACGAAUACCAGAAGAAAAGUUGAAUACUUGGGGUGGUAGCAUUGCGCUUGGACAUCCAUUUGGUGCUACUGGCGUACGUCUAGUUUCCCAUGCAGCAAAUCGUCUCCAGCACGAACAAAAACAUUUGGCAGUAGUAUCAGGUUGCGCUUCAGGGGGACAUGGCAUUGCAAUGUUAAUUGAAAAUUAUGCAAAAUAA